UGUUGAUUAAGGAAAUUAAAAUCCUGUUCAGAUAGAGAAAGUUUACAGAUCAAAUGGGAUUGGCAGUUAAUUGAAUCUUUAAAAAGAUUACAUUCAAAGAAUUUUAGCUAUGUCGAGCUGAAUAAAUACUUACAUAAGCUAAAACAGUAUACAGUGAAUAUUAAAGUUAAUAGGGAUGUAGAUGGAUUUGUUACUUGACAAACAUGGUCCAGAACAUUGAUUUUCGAUGAUGUUGGAUAGAGAAUGACCAUUGCUGAAGGGUCAUCGUUGCUGUGAAAUUCAGCUUUGAGUAAGGCCGAAGGUCAAGGUCCUUCCUCAAAACAUCAGGGUCAUGGCAACGGCAAAGAGACCAGCUAGUAUUGACUUACCUUGUAAAAGUCAAGUUGUAUUUUCACCUAUACCGGACAUGGCAUCAACUCCAGGAGGUCAGAGCUUGGGUCAAAGGUCAUUAGGUGUGGAGAGUUCAACAAGUGGAUAUUCUGUUAGUAGCGCAUCAAAGCUACUUAAGGGAGGUAUAGAACGAGACGUGAUAAUUGACGAUCAGUUGUGCCAGAUUCCUAUUUCGUUGGAUGACCGACAAUGUGGAAUCGGAAAAUUCCGACCAAAAUGCAUUCAGGGGUGUGCAAAUAUCAAGUUAUUUGUGAUUUUUAUGUGUAUGUUAAUAACAAUGUCGGGAACACUGUCGACAGGGUAUCUUAACAGUGUGAUAACAACCAUUGAAAAACGCUUCGAAAUUGGAAGUUCAAUAUCAGGUUUAAUAGCGGCGUCAUAUGAAUUCGGGAGUUUAGUAGCUGUGAUUUUUAUUUCAUACUUUGGAGGAAGACGUCACAUUCCCCGCUGGAUCGGGAAAGGUGUUGUUUUGAUGGGUUUUGGUGCUCUUUUAUUCGCUCUACCGCAUAUCAUUGCUAAAAAAUAUACUGUCCAUCAAGGAAUUAUUUCAAACUCGACAGAUGAAAACAUUUGUAAAAUAGUUGGAUCAAAACGUUCAGAUGAAAACUGUAUCGAUAAAAAUGCCGGUAACCUAACGUAUGUGUUAAUUCUGAUAACAGCGCAAAUAUUGAUAGGUACAGGAGGCACUCCGAUAUUUACUCUAGGGACUACAUACAUUGACAAUCACGUUCCAAAGGACAAGGCUCCAGCCUACCUCGCCUUCACAUACGCUACUGGAGCUUUAGGCCCAGUUGUGGGCUAUGCCCUGGGUGCAUUGUUGUUGCAGUUCUAUGUUGAUGUGUUCAGCUACAAGGUUGACCUCUCACCGGCUCAUCCCCGGUGGAUCGGAGCCUGGUGGGGCGGGUUCAUCAUCUGUGGGGUGGUGCUCUUCUGUAUAGCUGUGCCGUUUCUGAUGUUUCCGCAAGUACUAGUGGGCGAGAAGAGGAAGGUUCUAGAGAGCAAGGCGCGAGAAGACCUACUGAGUCCGAGCACCACAGAUAGCCAGACAAAUAGUGAGGAUUAUGGGAAGGAUGCAAAAGACAUUCCAAAGUCCAUUCUAAGCCUGCUAAAGAACAAGAUCUACCUGGUUACAAGUUUUGGCAUCUGUUGUGAAAUCUCUAUAGUCAGUGGCUUUGUCGUAUUCCUGCCAAAAUAUAUCGAGACACAGUUCGGGACAAGUAAAUCCGAAGCCUCUUUGUUCACAGGUGGAAUUGCAAUUCCUGGUGCUGUUUUUGGUGUGUUGAUGGGAGGUUUUCUAUUAAAAAGGUUUCAGAUGGGACCUAAAGGUGCAAUCCAGUUGACAAUCUUGUUAGAUCUUUUGGCACUCAUUGGAUGUGGAUUUUUCUUUUUCCUGGGGUGCGAAAAUCUCAAAAUUGCUGGUGCCACAUUCCCAUACUUUAACAGGUACAUCUGCAGUGCUGUAGUUGGGUUCGGAGGCGCUCUUAAUUUGUUUUGUACCCAUGGAUUUGGUUUCGUCGCAGAAUUGAAUGAGAAAAAGACAAGCAUAACAAAGGGUCGAUGUCCAUUCUUCCUUCAGUAUGAAAAGCCAGUUCUUUUAGAUAUUAGGUUUAGUUCUAGUGUUAUACAAAGAACAGAACAGAAACCUGUUCUAUUCUGUUCUGUUCUUGGUGAAUGA